UCCCUUACUCCAUUCUUUCGAUGGGGGGCUUCAUUAGAUCUUCCAAAGAAAUAGAAAAGUCAAGGAUUACCUUGGCAUACCAAUGAAGAUAUUCACGAUGGAAUUUGAGAUAAGACUGUAAUAAGUCUCUUCAACAUCAUUUUUUCAUCAUUUAUCCAGAAUAGGCGCAACCGGUAAAAGGACUUUUCAUCCUCCUAUUCUUAUCUCUUUAUUCCAAGAAAGAAAAAAGUGGAGUCUUGGUCAAGCCGCCCUAUUCUAUUACCAGACAUAAUUGGGAGAAGCUCAUCCGAAACUAGAGCUAGAAACUCCUUAUUUCAUUUUGCUCCCGUUCUACAUUUCCUUCUUCUCAAAUCCAAGGGGUUAAACUUCCAAAGGGAGGGAAUGCCCUCUUCUUUCUCACAAUGAGGCUAAACCAAAUACGCUUGUGAUUGUUGUAUGUUCUUUGAGCUAGAAUAACCAUUUAGUUUGAAUUCUAAUUUGUUGGAAACACAUGGAUUUUUAUGUGUUGACAGUUAUUAUGCUAAUAUGCCAUAAAAACAUGCAACUACAACAUGUUUCUUACAUCAGGAAGUAAAAAUAUCAAAAAUGGCCAAUUUUUUUAGGUGCUACUGUAACAGAUAUAUUACACAAUUGACAAACCUGUUAUGUUCCUUUUUAGCUUGAGAAUACUAGAUACGCCAUGUUGAGCAAGGAAGUUGCAGAAAAGACCCAUGAGUUGAGAAAAUUGUCGGGAGAAGAGCUCCAAGGACUUGAUAUGAAUGAAUUGAUGAAAUUGGAGAAGUUGCUGGAAGGAAAAUUAAACCGUGUCCUGAAAACAAAGGGUGAUAAAAUUCUGAAAGAGAUUGAUGCUCUCAAGAACAAGGAAGCCCAAUUGAUGGAAGAGAAUGCUCGGUUGAGACAAGAAUUGUGGACAUAUCUCAUGGUGAAACAAAUGCUCUUCCACAAGGCCACUCAUCAUGGUCAAUCACCAACUACUGUGUCUCAGUUCAUCCUCCUCAGGGCUGCAAUAGCUUUGACACUUCCCUCAAGUUGGGCCUACCUUUCCCCAACUGAACAGCAAGGUUCGGAGGCGUUUAUCGGUAAGGAAUGA